AUGAACACCACCAAAAGCAUGACCCUCUUCCAACUCUCGCUCAUCAUCUUCCUCUUCUUUUUCACCCUCCAUUCAAUCCCAACCCUCGGAUCCCCAACCAACGACGCUGAUUUUAUCCGUACAAGCUGCGGCACCACGCUCUACCCGCAAGUCUGCUACACCUCUCUCUCCCGCUACGCCAGCGCCAUCCAGAACAACCCGGCUCAGCUCGCCAAGGUAGCCAUCAGCGUCAGCCUCGCUAAGGCCAGGCGCAUGGCCGCUUACGUCUCCGACAUCUCCCGCCAAGCAGACUACGGCGCCGACCCUCGAUCCGCGGCCGCCCUCCACGACUGCUUCUCCAACUUCGACGAAGCUGUGGACCAGAUUCACGAUUCGCUCACCCAGAUGCGCCAGCUGAGCAGCCCCGCCGGCUCCGGCGGCGGGUCGUUCCUGUUCCAGAUGAGCAACGUGCAGACGUGGAUGAGCGCCGCGCUGACGGACGAGGAGACCUGCACGGACGGCUUCGAAGACGUGGCGGAAGGGCCCCUGAAGACCGACGUGAUCAAGCGAGUGGAGAAUGUGAAGAAGGUGACCAGCAAUGCGCUUGCGCUCGUGAACAGUUUUGCUCAGAAGGGAGCCGGCGCGCCGACGCCCCGAUGA